GCUCGCAGCCAGCGCACUGCUCUCACGUUCUCACUGGUGCUAGUGAGAAGCAGCUCCACAGAAACACAACUUCAUGCUCAGCUGGCGGAACAGCGAGCGAGAGCCGCGACUUCGCGUGACUUCUGUCCACCUGGCUAAAAUGCUCUUCUCCACUUUGUGAGUCGUCACAGCCGAACAAUGAGGGGCAUCCUUAAGAGAAAGUUCAUGGAGGUAGAGAAAUACCCCAGCUUCUCCUCCUCCUCCUCCUCUCCUUCCUCCCUCUCGUCCCUUGCCUCCUCAGAGUGGGAGUCGGACGGGGAGGGGAGCCCACCCGAGGACCAAGAUUUCACCCCUCACUGUCCCGCUUCUCCCUCCAGUUUGCCCAGUGAGUCCAUCCUGAAGAGGCCCAAGCUAACACGAGGACUGAGCAGGGUGCACUUCGGCCAGGUGACAGUGUUCAGUUUCUCCCGCUGCCAGGGCUUCACCAGCGUCCCCAGCCGGGGAGGUGCAACUCUAGGCAUGGUGCAGACACACAGCGCCCUCCGAAGGUACACGGUAGCAGAGCAUGCGCUGGAGCAGCGGCACAGGCGCAGAGAGAGGCACCGAGAAAAACUGAGGCAGAAGCGGUUCGAGGCAUUAAAAUGUCAACUGGUUGUGAGCGGAGCUGUCAGCCAACAUGAAGCAGAAAGGCUCACCAUGGAUCAAGUUCUAGAGGAAGACAUGGAUGUAAAUGGUAGCGACGCAGAGCUGGAGGGUGGUGGCUUCCUUCAUCCAAUCACUUCCAGACAACGACAAGCCCUGCUGCUGGCUGCAGGCGUGAAGAUGAUUGACAAGGAGGAGAAGAGGCAGCUUCACAUGCUGCGACUCUCCAGGGAGGCCUGUGGAUGUGACUGUCAGGGUUUCUGUGAGCCGGAGACCUGUGCAUGCAGCCUGGCGGGCAUCAAGUGUCAGGUCGAUCGCUUCAGUUUCCCCUGUGGGUGUACUAAAGAAAACUGUGGAAACACGCAGGGGCGCACUGAGUUUGAUGCCAGGCGUGUGCACACCCACUACAUCCACACAGUCAUGAGGCUUGAACUGGAGAGUCAGCACCAGGGUGAGAAUCUGAUCCCAGAGGACCAGACGGGACUUCCCGAAGAGCUGCACGAGUUCAAAAGCCAGGAUGAGAUCCAUCCAGAGCAGAGUGCACAGGAAAAGAGAUGCCCUUUUGGGUAUUCCUCGGAGGAGGAAGGCUUUCCUCUCACCAUGCCGGCUAAUCCCCCGUUCCACUGUGUCCUGGAGCGGGAUUUGGUGGAGGAGAACAGCUGCAGCAGCGACACGUCUGAGUCCUCCAGCUUGUCCUCGGACUCUGAGGCAGGAGGCUUCCUCAGUGCGAGUCCUCCUGAGGUGGAUGAUGGUUUGACACGAGCACUUUGUGACUCCAGGAAAAAUAACUACUUCUCAUGCAGUCAGCCGAGGCACAAAAGAGAACCACUGAUGCAGCACAGCUGCAGCUCUGACACUCACAAAGCUCCUACUGAGAGUACCGGACCACGUGCUGCUGUCACACACACAGACAACAGGGCGCCUGACAGCACCUGCCUGGACGAGAACGCUAAUCAGUCCACUAACUUCUUUUAUGGUGAUUCUCUCGAGGACUUCCCCCACACCCAGUCCCCCACUCUUGACUUUUCCUUUGGCAGAUACGUGGACCUGAGCCUGUCCUCUGACUCUGACCUGGAGUUCUUCCACAGAGACUAUCCUUCUGGACCGCUGCACAGCUCGUUCAAAGAGCACAGGCACUCAGGCGGUUUGCAGCCCCUCCAGCUGUUUAGCUGUGAGAGUUUACCUCAACACGAGUCCAGCACCCAGCUCCUGGAGUCUCUGAUCGGCCUGACUGAGUGAUUGAUUCACUACUUUCAAAGCUGAUCAAUAAUAUAUAUAUAUAUAUAUAUAUAU